CGUGUGACAUAAACAAUGAUGAGCGCCGGGGACUAUCCUGAGGCUCGUCGAAAUGCGAUUUGGUGCGUAAGAUUAAUAUCAAAAUACGACAAUUCUAGUAGUGAAUGGAAUACUUUAUGGUUUGCUAUGUGGCAACACAUAGGUGCUAGAGGAGGCGUAGAUGUUACUUUAGACUGAUCUGAAGCUAAAAGUGCUAACGUACACAUUCCAGUUUACUAGCGGAUGUCAAACUUAAGCGAAUGCUGAUCAACGCAGUUAGCAUGACGCCCGUAAAAGAAGACAAAGGGAUCUGCACCGCACUUAGUUGGAGUUGGAGUGGACAUGCAUUAUUCAGGCACCACUGUUGACGUCCUACAACACAGACAGGCGGAGGCAAAUGUGGAGUGUCGAUAAAAGGAAGUGAAAGCAGAAGUUAAAACCUCCUGCUGUGUCAGAGAGUUGCUUGUCUGGGAUAAGUUUGUUACAUUCAGAGUCCAAUUUCCAUGAUGGAGAACACAGUGAGGACACUGUCUGUUCCUAGAAAGUGUAGCUACGCAGUGGGGCACUUCCUGAAUGACCUCUGUGCAUCAAUGUGGUUUACCUACCUCCUGAUCUUCUACCACUCUGUGCUGGGAUUGCAAAACACAAAUGCAGGACUGCUGCUGCUGGUAGGUCAGAUAGCUGAUGCCAUUUCUACACCACUGGUUGGAUACGAGUCUGACAGUAGUCCAGGCUGUGGAAACUAUGGCAAGAGGAAAACGUGGCAUUUAGUUGGCACACUGAGUGUGAUAUUGUCCUUUGGCUUCAUCUUCAACCAGUGUCCUGGCUGUGAACCCCUCACCCCUCAGUGGGCCAGCAUGACCUUCUUCAUCCCUGUGAUAAUUGUCUUUCAGUUUGGCUGGGCUGCCACACAGAUUUCUCAUCUUUCCCUCAUCCCAGAGCUGGUCAGCUGUGAACACGCCAAAGUAGAAAUCACUGCAUACAGAUAUGCAUUCACGGUGAUAGCCAAUAUUACUGUGUACACUGUGGCCUACCUGCUGUUCCACGUUCAGGCCAUUGACGACAACAACACUGACUCACUGGGACCACAGGACAUCCCUGUCUUCAGGAAUCUGUCGCUUAUUGUGCUUGGCAUCGGAACAGUGUUUUCCAUCAUCUUCCAUCUGGGAACCAGAGAGUUAAAGCCUGCAGCUGGACCAGCUGGGGUAUUAGAGGAUGGAGAAGUGAGGGUGGCAAAAAGGUGGGAGGAAGAGGAGGAGGAGGAGGAGGGAGAAGAAGAGGAGCUCAGGCCUCUCAUUAGUCACCCUCAGAUGUCCAGGACGCUCCUGCAGUGGAAGUGCUGGCUGCGGCAGCCGUCUUUCUACCAGGUCGCCUUACUCUACAUGUCCACCAGGUUAACAGUGAACCUGUCUCAGACCUACAUCUCAAUGUAUCUCAUUUACACACUGGAACUGCCCAAGAACUUUAUCGCAACAAUCCCAUUGGUCGUGUAUCUCAGUGGCUUUCUGUCCUCGUUCAUCAUGAAGCCUCUUAGCAAAUGGAUUGGAAAAUGUCUCACCUACUUCAUGGGGCUGCUGCUCAUCAUGAUCUUUUCCUACUGGGUGCUGCUGGAUGAUCACAUGGAGGAGCGGGUGUACGGGGCGGCCGUGCUGCUGGGCGCAGGCUCAGCCACCAUUUUGGUCAUUUCACUGUCUAUGACAGCAGAGCUGAUUGGAAAUCAGACACAAAGCGGGGCAUUUGUUUAUGGAGCCAUGAGUUUCACUGAUAAGGUGGCCAAUGGAAUCGCUGUGAUGAUCAUCCAGGCACUGCAUCCCUGCCAAAACACAGCCUGUUGUCCUGCCUGUACCUGGUUCUAUCAUUACGUGAUGGUAAUAGUGACAGGAGGCGUGGCGGUCGCUGCAGCCCUGGCCCUCUGCUCCAUCCUCAUCUGGCCAAUCCACAUCAGACUUCGUGGGACAGUGGCUACCUCAAAUGAUGCCACAAUAAACUAACAACUGAGCACCAUCAUCAACUCUUUGCACUACCUCUACAAGCCAGUGAUAAAAGCAUGGAGGGGAACUCUGCCUCUAGUGGCCACAGCACAGCUGGCAGAGAUACUGUGGCUCUGUGUCAAUGAAAUGUUUCUUACAUUUACUGGGUUCAACUGUUGACUAUGACAUAACAUAUACUGGGUGUAUGGGUGUUACCUGUGAUCUGCUUAUGUACCAAAGCAUUCCUCCUUCCUGGGUGAGCACUUCUCACAUGGUUGCCAGUGUAACGGAUUCUGUGCAAUUUUAAAAAAAUAAAGGGACGCUGAUUUUAA